AUGCCACUCACCAGCAUGAAGAAGGAAGAAUCACUGGUAAUAGCUGCUCAACCAUUCGACAGUGAAUUCAUUCCUGCUGAUCAUGCUAUGGGAUAUCCAGUAUGUUGCCUGGAGAAUAGGCUAUUACCUGAAGAAAAAGACAUCAUCCCCUGGGCUCUGCUUCUGCUUCUUUCCAAUACUCGUAUAACACUUAGUCAACUCUACACCUCCAACCCCAUUUUACUCUGCCUCUUCUUAAAUAUUUUCCUUCUUUACUUGGUGUAUCCAACUACACUUGUGAUUUCCAUGGCCAAUGCGCUGCAUAUCGCCGCUAUGUCUUGUUGUGAUUUUCCAUCCCUAUCCACUCUUCCUCUCAGAGCCAUGCAUAAAGGAAAACAUAUUAAGCUGAACAGAAUGGCUGUGGUGAUAAAGGCAAAGACUAAUUGCGAAUUUGAUGACAAAGACGUUGAUAUUUCUUUGAGUCACAGAGUUGAUGCCGUGAAACCGUCCAAAACUCUAGCUAUAUUUGAUGAUGCCACUGCUCUUUUACAAUCUGGAGUUCCUGUUAUUCGCUUAUCUUGUGGAGAAUCUGAUUUUGACACACCCGCUGUGAUAGCUGAGGCUGGGAUGAAUGCAAUUCGUGAUGGUUACACGAGAUACACCCCCAAUUCUGGAACAUUAGAAUUGCGCCAAGCAAUAUGUCACAAGCUAAAAGAGGAGAAUGGAAUUACUUAUUCUCUUGAUCAGAUUGUGGUCAGUAAUGGAGCCAAGCAAAGUAUCGUUCAAGCAGUGCUUGCAGUUUGUUCCCCAGGAGACGAGGUUAUUAUUCCAGCUCCAUUCUAUGUGAGUUACCCAGAAAUGGCAAGACUGGCUCAUGCAACACCUGUGAUUCUUCCAACCCACAUAUCGAACAAUUUUAUCUUGGACCCCAAACUGCUAGAAGCCAACCUGACCGAAAGAUCCAGACUUCUUAUUCUUUGUUCACCAUGUAACCCAACAGGAUCUGUCUAUCCUAAGAAAUUACUUGAAGAGAUAGCCCAAAUUGUAGCAAAGCACCCCAGGCUUCUGGUUCUUUCCGAUGAAAAUUAUGAACACAUGAUAUAUGCACCAGCAACUCAUACAAGCUUUGCAUCUAUAACUGGAAUGUGGGACAGAACUCUAACUGUGAAUGGACUUUCCAAGACAUUUGCAAUGACUGGUUGGCGGCUUGGGUAUAUUGCUGGUCCAAAGCAUUUUGUUGCAGCAUGUGCAAAGAUUCAAAGCCAGUUCACAUCAGGGGCAAGUAGUAUAUCUCAGAAAGCUGGGGUUGCUGCGUUAGGAUUAGGCUAUGCUGGCGGGGAAGCUGUUUCUACCAUGGUGAAAGCUUUCAGGGAAAGAAGGGAUUUCUUGGUUGAAAGCUUUAGAGAUAUGGGUGGUGCCAAAAUAUGUGAACCACAGGGAGGAUUCUAUGUAUUCAUUGAUUUCAGCUCUUAUUAUGGAAGAGAAGCAGAAGGGUUCGGUUUAAUUGAAAAUUCUGACUCCCUCUGUCACUAUCUGCUGGACAAGGGCCAGGUUGCUUUGGUUCCGGGGAGUGCAUUUGGAGAUGAUAAUUGCAUCCGCAUCUCCUUUGCAGAAUCCCUUACUACUUUAAAGAUAGCAGUAGAGAGAAUUAAGAAAGCACUCAUCCCUCUAAGCUCUUCUGCAGCCAUGCAGAAAGGAAAUCACGUGGAGCUGAACAAAAGGGUGGUAGUGAUAAAGGCAAAGAAUAAGAGUGAUUCUGCUGACAUAGAAGUUGAUGUUUCUUUGAGCCACAGAGUUAAUGCUGUGAAACCUUCCAAAACUAUGGCCAUAAGUGAUCAUGCCACUUCUCUUUUACAAACUGGAGUCCCGGUUAUUCGUUUAGCUGCUGGAGAACCUGAUUUUGACACACCCGCUGUUAUAGCUGAGGCUGGGAUGAAUGCAAUUCGUGAUGGUUACACGAGAUAUACUCCUAAUGCUGGAACCUUAGAAUUACGCCAAGCAAUUUGUCACAAGUUAAAAGGAGUUGAAAAAUGUCACAUGACUGUUUCUGCAGAGGAGAAUGGAAUUACAUAUACUCCCGAUGAGAUUGUGGUCAGCAAUGGAGCGAAGCAGAGUGUUGUUCAAGCAGUGCUUGCAGUUUGUUCCCCAGGAGAUGAGGUUAUUAUUCCAGGUCCAUUCUAUGUGAGUUAUCCAGAAAUGGCAAGACUAGCGGAUGCAAUUCCUGUGAUUAUUCCAACCCACAUAUCUAAUAACUUUCUAUUGGAUCCGAAACUGCUAGAAGCCAACAUUACCGGCAGAUCAAGACUACUUAUUCUUUGUUCACCGUGUAACCCAACAGGCUCUGUCUACUCUAAGAAAUUACUUGAAGAGAUAGCCCAAAUUGUAGCAAAGCACCCCAGGCUUCUGGUUAUCUCUGAUGAAAUUUAUGAACACAUAAUUUAUGCACCAGCAACUCACACAAGCUUUGCAUCUUUACCUGGAAUGUGGGACAGAACUCUAACGGUGAAUGGGUUUUCCAAGACAUUUGCAAUGACUGGUUGGCGUCUUGGGUAUAUUGCUGGUCCAAAACAUUUUGUUGCAGCUUGUGGAAAGAUUCAAAGUCAGUUCACUUCAGGGGCAAGCAGCAUAUCUCAGAAAGCUGGCGUUGCCGCAUUAGGACUAGGCUAUGCAGGUGGGGAGUCUGUUUCUACCAUGGUGAAAGCAUUUAGGGAAAGAAGGGAUUUCUUGGUUGAAAGCUUUUCAAAAAUGGAUGGUGUGAAAAUAUCUGAACCACAGGGGGCAUUUUAUCUAUUCAUUGAUUUCAGCUCUUAUUAUGGCAGAGAAGCUGAAGGGUUUGGUUUAAUUCAGAAUUCUGACUCCCUCUGUCUAUACCUGCUGGACAAGAGCCUGGUUGCACUGGUGCCGGGAAGUGCAUUUGGGGAUGAUAGUUGCAUCCGCAUUUCUUAUGCAGAAUCCCUUCCUACUUUAAAGAUAGCGGUAGAGAGAAUUAAAAAAGCACUUAUCCCUCUAAGCUCUGCUGCGCUUGUUUGA